ACCACCACAACUACCAGUCUACCACUACUAUCUUCCAAUAUGAUGAUGAAAAUUGCUCUUCUUGUUGCCUGUGUCGUCGUAGCUGUUUAUUGUCAGGAGAAACAGUCAAUGGUCGGUAUGCAGAUGUGUGGAACUACUUACUGUCAAGCUGGUCAGAUGUGUUCUUACCAAGGUGGUUAUCCCAGAUGUGUCAUGUCCAAUAUGGGGGGUAUGUACCCGGGUAUGAACAACGGUAUGUACCCAGGCAUGAAUAACGGUAUGUACCCUGGUAUGAACAACGGUAUGUACCCUGGUAUGAACAACGGUAUGUAUCCCGGUAUGGGCAACGGUAUGUAUGGCGGUAUGGCCAUGACUGAAGAGGAUAAGCCGGCAACUGCCCCUAAAGUAGGAGAUGAAACUGAAGAGGAAGAAGCUGUUGCUGAUAUCACUACACCUUUGUAAAUUAUCGAUAGAACUUGAAGAAGUUUGAAUCAUAUAACAAUCAUUCAGUAUAUUCAGAUAGCCUUAGAAACAUAAACAUUUGUAAACUUAAGGGUCCCUCGCUUUAUAGCGAUUACCAUUUGCGUACGGUUGCGAAAAGAAUAUCGGUCAUACGUUUCGAACGCCACUCUCUUGCACCUCAGGUGUGAGUUGCGUUCGGUACUCAUGACCACUUUCAUUAUUCGCAACUAGUAAUCGGUAUGGUGCGAGGGCAUCUUAAUGACAAUUCACACUGCGAUUCUAUUCUUAAUAGCUAGUCAAAUAAAACCAGAAAAACACCUGUAUCCAUUUUAAAUUGACUUGUAUUCAUAGAAUAUUGAUUUAAAAUCAAAAUAAAAUCUUUCAACCU